GAGAUGCCUGAACUGUUCUGGUGUAUCCGACACCUUUGAUCAGUUUCUGGACUUACAGUUGGACAUUAAGAAGGCAAACAGUGUUAUUGAGGCCCUAAAGGAAUAUGUGAGGCCAGAAAACCUUGGAGAAAGUUGCUACAAAUGCAGCAAGUGCAAUGAAAUGGUGACAGCGACUAAGACUUUCUCUAUUCACCAGCCACCCAAUGUCCUGACUUUGUGCCUGAACAGGUUUGAUGUGUUCAGUGAAAACAAGAUUUCUAAGAUGGUUACCUAUCCAGAGUUUAUUGACAUUCAUCCUUAUACCUCAGAGAAGAGUGAAGGGACAAUUAAUUACAGGCUAUAUGCCGUCCUUGUCCAUGCUGGGAAUACAUGCAAUAGCGGACAUUAUUACUGCUAUGUGCAGGCUCCUAACAGCAAGUGGUAUAAAAUGAAUGAUGACUGUGUGACCCCCGUAGACAUAAACACAGUGCUGAAACUGGAGGCCUACCUGUUGUUCUAUAUCAGAUCCAACAGAAUACCAACUAAUUUGAUCCCAGCUACACCUAAGCACCAACAGCCACCUAUGAGACAACCAGCAGGCUCUGGGACAGCCCCUAUGAAAAAGGUAAUGCUGAAAUUCUAUGUGAAACAAUACCCACCUAUUGUUUAA